GCCUACCGCGAGUUGGUUGAGUUACAGAAAGAGGAACGAUCGAACAAACACGGAGAUAAUACGAUGCAAACCAAGUUACAGAAGUUAAAGGAGCAGAAUGAACUACUGAAACCGGAAGUCGACCGUUAUCGUGAGCGUGAUGCCAUGAAAAAGGACCUGGAUCUAGUGAGAUUAAAGCAUGCCUGGCUGGAGUACGAGGCAAUGCGAGACCAAUACAUGGCUGAGAAAGCUGAACUUAAAUCGGUAGCGGAACAGCUGAAGCAGCAACAACGAUUCAAUAAACCAAUGGAGGAGAAAAUGAAAGUGUUGAGAGAAACUAGUGAUCUGCUUGAGAACGCAGCAAAGGAAAAGUCGGCAAAAAGUAAAGCGACAUAUACGAAGUGCAAGGAAAUUGAAAAGCAAGUUACGAAGAUGGACGAUGAAUUCGAACAAGCGUACGAUCACCACCAAGUCGCCACUACGAAAGAACAAGGUCGGAAGAAGGAGCAAGCCAACGUGGAGAAUGAGGUCAAAGCGAUUCAGAUGGCGAUUGAGAAGUCUGAGACAAAUGCCGAUGAGCAUGCGCAGAUCAAGGAAGAAAUCAGCAAGCACAACGAAGCGCGUAGAGGCAUCAGACAUAAACUCGUUGAAGUGGAAGCUGAGCUGACAGAUAUACAUCAACAACAGACAGAUACAAAGCAUAAUUUGGAAGAGGCCACUCGACAAUUGGCGAAGCUAUCGAGUAAGGAGAAGAAGAUCCUCGACUAUCUAAGAUCGAAGAACCAGCAGGAAGAUGUUGCAGCAGUGGAAUGGUUGCGUAACAAUAAACAUCUGUUCCAAGAACAGGUUUUCGAGCCAAUUUUGACUCAAAUCAACUGCAAGGACGAUUACACGCGCACUGUCAUUGAGAAUACAAUGAACUGGAAGGUGGCCAGGUCCUUUGUUGUGAUGAAUAAAGAAGACCAGGAACUGCUGGCAAAACUUGUGGUCGACAAAUUAAGACUCAAAAUCAAUAUCAUUCGUGCUCCAGGACCCGAAUGGCGUGGACGUGAGACUGAAAAAAUCGAGGAUCUGAAGGCGGUACGAUCAAAUUGA